GAUUGAAGUUGAAUAGCAAAAGAAAUCAACUAAUCCGAGAACUGGAAGAAACUACACGAUUAGUUGCCAUGUUACACACCCAGCUGAAAAGUCUCUCUACCAGCAUGCUUUCCCUCUCUUCGAGUAGCAGCCCUGGUUCCCUUGCAUCUAGUAGAGGAUCUCUUGCCACCUCCAGCCAGGAUUCUUCCACCUCGGCCAGUUUCACAGAUCUUUAUUAUGAGCAACUGGAACAGUUGGAGCAGUUGGACUCGGACUAUCAAAACAAAAUUGACUUCUUAGAAGGAGCCACUGGAUUUAGACCGUCAGGCUGCAUCACCACUAUUCAUGAAAACGAGGUAGCAAAAACUCACAAAGCAGAUGCCACCAGCCGCGUCCAGGCUUUGAGAUCGUUGUCCGGUACCCCCAAAUCGAUGACAUCGCUGUCUCCGAGGUCAUCUCUGUCUUCUCCGUCUCCACCGUGUUCUCCAUUGGUGAUAGACCCACUUCUGGCUGGUGAUGCAUUUUCAAGCCAUAUGGAUUUUGAUGAUGCAGAGAUAAGUACAAAUCUCUCGGAACUCACCCUAAGCAUUGGGAGUGGAAACUAUAGGCUGGAAGAGCCUAGAGCGGGAGAUAAACAUCUAGGUCAAGGUGUAAACAUGGCUGGAGGGGCAGCACUGAAGGUGGCCUGUGUGUCUGCUGCGGUGUCCGAUGAAUCUGUCGCUGGAGAUAGCGGGGUGUAUGAGGCAUCCGUGCAAAGACCAUGUGUGUCAGAAAUGGUGUUUGACAGUGACGACACAGAAGCAGUUGGGACUGCUAAAGUGCAAAUUGCAAUGAAGUAUGAUGACAAAAACAAACAGUUUGCAAUACUCAUCAUUCAGCUGAGUAAUGCUCCAGCCCUGAUGUUACCACAAGAUCAGAAAGUGAACGUUCGCGUGGCCGUUCUUCCCUGUUCAGAAAGCACAAGUUGCUUGUUCCGCACAAAACCAGUGGAAGCUUCGGACAAUCUUGUGUACAAUGAAGCAUUUUGGGUUUCUAUUUCCUACCCAGCGUUAUGCCAGAAGACUUUAAGAGUUGAUGUUUGCACUGUAGAUAAAUCUCACCUUGAAGAAUGUCUGGGUGGCACACAGAUUAGCCUGGCUGAAAUAUGUAGAUCCGGAGAGAAAUCAACCCGUUGGUACAACCUUCUUAGUUACAAAUAUCUGCAGAAACAGAAUAGGAAAAAUAAACAAGGGAACGUUCAUUCUCAAGUAUCCUGCACUGGAAAAACAGACUCUGUGUCGGCACUCCUAGAGCAGACAGCUGUUGAACUGGAGGCUGUGGAGAAGAAACUGGAGGAAAGCAGGAGCACUUUAACUGGUGGAGAAAGCUGGCAAGAUGAAGAUGUUCCUGAGCAGGAUGAGACCAGUGAAAAUGAAGCGGAGGAGGAGGAAGAGUUUUGUGCUGAAAAGUCACUGUGGGAAACAGAAGAAAGUCUGAAUUCCCAACUGCACGUGGAGAUAUCGGUGAAGGUGGAUAAGGAGACCAACACGGACAGCCCCGCGCAGUCUGCUACUGUAGUUCGUCCGAAAGACAAAAGAGCAGCAAACCCACCGCAAACUCAGUUUGUCAGAGGUAGCACUAUCAUCCGCUCCAAAACGUUUUCUCCGGGACCACAAAGUCAGUAUGUGUGUCGGCUGAAUCGCAGUGAUAGUGACAGCUCAACCCUCUCCAAAAAGCCGCCCUUUGUUCGCAAUGCAAUGGAGAGACGAAGUGUCAGAAUGAAACGGCCUUCAAUUAAAUCUUUCAGUACAGAGCGUCUCAUCCGCACUUCGCUAGACCUGGAGCUGGACCUGCAGGCUUCGAAAACUUGGCACGAUCGGCUAGUCCAGGAGAUCUCUGUGCUUAAAGAACUCAAGGAACAGUUAGAACGAGCUCAGAGUCAAGGUGAAAAGGAGCUGCCACAGUGGGUGAAGGAUGAUGAGAGAUUUCGACUGCUGCUGAGAUUAGUGGAAAAACGAGCGGAGAAAACAGAACACAAGUGUGAGCUCAAAGCGGAUAAAAUGAUGAGAGCAGCUGCCAAGGAUGUGCACAGGCUACGAGGACAGAGCCGGAAGGAGCCUUUGGAAGUACAGUCAUUCAGAGAGAAAAUGCUAUUUUUCACGCGGCCGAGGAUAAACAUUCCAACGCUGUCUGCGGACGAUGUGUGAUCACCGUGAAGUACUGUUUUUUGGGACCAUUCCACAAACGCAGUUUGUUUCUAGAGGUUAUUUAUGUGGUAUUAUGAAGGUACCGAGGCAUUUGUACAUUAGAGCUUUUGUCAGUAUGUGGAUGUUUGAAAGAUUUUUAGCCUAAAGUUAUAUCAUCACAGAAACCAGCAUUCAAGUGACAGGAUUGUAUAGUUUGUAUAUUUAGGAAUGUAUUUUUGGGAAAUAGAAUUUUAAAUAAGAACAAAUACAGCGUAAGGUGCUGUUAUUCUUAAAUAAUGCUGUUUAGACUUUUUGUACAGCUCUGCCUUUUAGAGGUUUUACUGCAAUAAAACACGUUUGAAGGAA